GAGGGAGGGAGCCCACUACCGCGGAGGAGGAGAAAGCGGGUCAGAGAGGGGACCGGGUCGGGGGGCCACGCGGAGGACGACGCUGCUGUCCGCGCUGGGAUGCUGUGGGACACCGCGUGGGGAGGAGAAGAAGAGGCUCCUCGGGUUCGCGCCACGGGCUGUGGUGGUGGUGGUGUUAGUGAUGAUGAUGAAAGGUGGAGAGCAGAGUGGCGGAAUCUCGCGCUACCAGACCAACCGCAUUGCAAACCACGAGUGACAAACAGACGCUGCGGACCAACACGCAUCUCUGGUUCGAACGGAACCCGGAUUUCCAAUUCGGUGCUCGGGUAAUCGACCACCCCGCCGCCGCGGCCCCAUCCACUCCUGUCCGCAGAAUGAAACACCGCUGUCUUCUUUAACUGCGCACCCCCUCACCCCCCCACACACACACAGAAGAAGAUGCCGGGGCGAUGCUACCGGGGCAAACUGUCCGUGUGGGCCGGCCUGUGCGUGCUGGUGCUCUGCUGGUUCUACAUUUUCCCCGUCUACAGAGUCCCGAGCGACAAAGAGAUCGUGGAGGAGGUGCUGAGGCAGCGAGGAGUGUGGCAUAAGAACCAGACUGGCAUCGAGCUGUACAGGAAGCUGCUGACCGACUGCUGCAAUCCGCGCAGGAUGUUCGCCGUCACCAAGGAGAACUCGCCGCUCGGCAAAGUCCUGUGGUACGACGGCGAGUUCUACUACUCGCACACCGUCAACAACGAGACGUACCCGCUCUUCGUGCAGGGCAACCCUCUGAAGUUCCCUCUGAAGAAGUGUGCGGUGGUGGGCAACAGUGGCAUCCUGCGACGCAGCAAGUGCGGUCGCCACAUUGACCAGGCCGACUUCAUUAUGAGAUGUAACCUUCCGCCGCUGUCCAAGGAUUACGUGGCGGACGUGGGAAACAGGACACAUCUGGUUACGGCCAACCCCAGUAUUAUAGAGAAAAGAUUCCAGAACCUUCUGUGGUCCAGAAAAGCCUUUGUGGACAGCAUGAAGGUCUACGGCCCGAGCUACAUCUACAUGCCGGCGUUCUCCAUGAAGCCGUGCACCGACCUGUCGCUGCGGGCGCACUACGCCCUGGCGGACUCCGCCUCCAACCUCACCAUGCUCUUCGCCAACCCCGAGUUCCUGAGCUCGGUGAGCAAGUUCUGGAAGGCUCACAGCGUGCACGCCCGCCGCCUCUCCACGGGCCUCUACCUGAUCAGCCUGGCGCUGGGCCUGUGCGAGGAAGUCACGGCCUACGGCUUCUGGCCGUUCUCCGUGGGCCUGGACGAGCAGCCGGUCAGCCACCACUACUACGACAACAUCCUGCCCUACAAGUGGUUCCACGCCAUGCCCGAGGAGUUCGUGCAGCUGUGGCAGCUGCACAAGAGCGGCACGCUGCGCAUGAGGGUGGGACAGUGCCCCCCGUAGGAAGACCAACCGAGGGAGGAGUGGUCGGUGAAAGUGUGGGGGAGGGAUUACAGGACUGUUUUUUGGGGGCUGUGGAUUGGCGGGAACUACCGCAAUAAAUAGUAUGCUGUGUCCCCGAGCUAAUCCCAGAGUGUCCACGCACAUGAAAUGAUCACACGUUCCCCAAAACUUGCCAUUCUUUCUAAAUAUAACGUGCGUAUGUAUGUGUGUGUGUGUGUGUGUGUGUGUGUGUUUUAUAAAUGGAGAGACUCAGCUGGAGCUGGGUUGGGUUUGACCACUGUAUGUGACUGCCACCCACCCCACCCCACUCUCUGGGUCUUUGUUAAACAGAGCCAGAAGGAGCAGGGGAAUAAUAAUAAAA